AUGGCGUCUGGUUCAUCCGGUGAUAAUGAUGAUAAAAAGAAAUCUGGAUUUGGUGGUGCUAAGUCAAGUUUUCUUGGCAAAACUGGUACUGAUGAAGCACCUAUGGAUAAAACCUAUUACAAUAUUCUCAAUGUGUCACCAACAGCCAGUGCAUCUGAAAUAAAAAAAGCAUAUUAUUCACUUUCACUUCAAUAUCAUCCCGAUCGAACGCAAAGUCUGAAUGAAAUAACACGACGAGACUAUUCCGAAAGAUUCAAACUUAUUUCUCAAGCUUAUAGCAUUCUCAGUGAUCCAGAAAAAAGAAAGCUUUACAAUAGAUAUGGUAAAGAUGAACGUCUUGUAGGCAACGGUUCAGCUGGAAUGUCAAUGGAAGAUUUUGAUGCGGAAGAAUUUUUCCGUUUAAUGUUUGGUGGGGAACAAUUUAUGAAAAUUAUCGGUGAUUUCGAAUUAGCUAAAUCAUUUAAACAUGCAAUUAGUGAGAUAAUCAAAGAUGCCGAAAAUAAAGGCACAGAAGAAACACGUGAACAGAAAGAAGAAAAAAUGCGAAAACGCUUGGCAUAUGCUGAAGAACGUUCACAAGCACGUGAAGAACGUGUAAAACAAUUAGCCGUAAAUCUCAGUUAUAAACUAUCGAUUUUUACUGAAUCAAUUCCGAUGAACAAUAGUGAAUCCCAAUACGAACAAGUAUUAAAUAAUUUUAUGGAAAUAACACGUUUAGACAUUCCGAAUUUACUGAAUGCACCAUACGGUGAACAUUUACUGCAUGCUAUUGGCUAUAUUUAUGUGUCAAAAGCAAAAUUAUGGUUAAAUAAAUUUGAUUCUCAAGAAGGACAUAUUGGUAAACGUAUGUUAGGAUUUGGUAAACAUUUUCAAUCAUCAUGGAAAGAGCGUGUGCACGUUGUUAAAGAAACUGUUAAAACAGUUAAAUGCGCUGUUGAAUGGGGACAGUCAAUGUCGAAAUUAGCCCAAAUUGCUGAUGAAGAAGCAGCAGCCUCAGAAGAUGGCAAAGAUGCUCAACAUCCAUUUCAACAUCAUGCCGGGCAUUUAGAGUAUGAAGGAUAUGUUCCUGAAGAAUCGGCAGCUUCAGCUUCACCACCACAAUCAAAACCAAAUACAGUAACAUCGUCUCCAGGCAAAACUAGUAGUCACGGAAAAUCUUCAUCGUCACAACAAGUGCAGUUAACCGAAGAAGACAAACGAAAACUGGAAGCGGACACAGCUAUUAAAUCUAUGGAAGCACUGUGGCGUGCAACAAAACUUGAAAUCGAGAGUAUCGAACGAGAUGUAUGCGAUCGAGCAUUGAACGAUCCAUUAUGCACGCGUGAAACCCAACGACGUCGAUGUAUUGCUCUAUUAAAAAUGGGCGAAUUAUGGCAAGAAGCGCGUGAUAAUCGAGCAUCAUCAACAAAUUCUAGUUCAUCGUAG